AGCAGCAGUAACAACAACAACAACUUGACCAAAAUUUAGAACAUUCAAUGGAAACAACACCUUUUGCAAUUUCUGUAAUAGAACCUGGUAAAUCAGUGUUGGUCCAAUGUUCAGCUAGUGAACUCCAACCGAUUACUUCAAUGUCAAGCAAUUUAAAGCACCAUCACCUAUAUCAGCCUGUCUCUGAUAACCUGCGAUACGUCAACUACAACACGUUCUACACUCAUGGGAUCAUCCAGCCGAACACCUCGCACGGAUUCUUUAAGAAAGUUCUCACGCUCACAAUUCACACUAUUGCUUUAAAUUACCUGCUCAAGCAGACUUCAACCUCAAUUUUAACAAAUGCUUUGCAAAGCAUCCUCAAUGCUCGAAUGGUACCAACAAGAUCUCAAAGUCACCCGAUUGAUUUAGUUAUGCCGAUCUCUAUAAUAAAGAAAUUCAGCAACAUCAGCAAUGUCAACAUCAAUACCAUCAACAAUUAAUUCAAAAUGUUUGGCACAAUCUUUCCUCAGCAGUCUUCCAGCGUGGAGAAUUAAAAAAUA